CACACUGCCCUUUCCCGACAAAGUGUUGUCAGAGCUUCCCAACUGAAUCCACAAGAUGUGCAAGCUAUCGAAUGUGCUCAACUUUAUUAUCUGCAUAGCCAACUUUAGUCAAAGCUUCGAUGGAGCCCUGGCCCUGAAGAGGGGACCCCACCAUCCGCGGGGCGAGACCCGGCGCGUGGAUCAGCAUCUCACCCACGAAGAGCAUCGCAUCGACGAUGAUCUCAAGGAAAUGGGCGUGCAGGCCAACCUGGACGACCUCAGCGAGGAAGAGAAGAUAUUCUAUAUGUUCAAGGCCCACGACAAUGACAAUAAUAACGCGCUGGAUGGCCUGGAGAUGAUACAAUCAGCCAUGCAUCACAACUACGACUACUUCAAGAACAGCGAGCGGGACGAGUACUUGCAGAAUGCCACCGACGAACUAGAGCACUUUAUAGAGGCCAUUGAUAAGUUUCUGCUGAUUGCCGACGACAAUAAUGACGGGCUCCUGCACUACCCGGAGUUCGUGAAGGCCAUAUCCGGGGGCAAGGAGCAGCCGGGCCUGGACAGGAAUCUGUUGCGCUAGAGGGAAGGGGCAUCGCAUCAUCCGCAGUAGAAACAAUAAUAGUUGUAGACUAGUCAAAUAUAU